UGUCUGGUCCAAACAUUGCAUCAUGACUAGAUAUGUCCGAUAAUAUCGGCCGGCCGACAAAUGCUUUAAAAUGUAAUAUCGGAAAUUAUCGGUAUCGGUUUUUUAAUUAUCAGUAUCGUUUUUGUUUUUUUAUUAAUUCAACAUAAAAAACACAAGAUACACUUACAAUUAGUGCACCAACCCAAAAAAACCUCCCUCCCCCAUUUACACUCAUUCGCACAAAAGGGUUGUUUCCUUCUCUUAUUAACAUUCUGGUUCCUACAUUAUAUAUCAAUAUAUAUCAAUACAGUCUGCAAGGGAUACAGUCCGUAAGCACACAUGAUUGUGCGUGCUGCUGGUCCACUAAUAGUACUAACCUUUAACAGUUAAUUUUACUCAUUUUCAUUAAUUACUAGUUUGUAUGUAACUGUUUUUAUAUUGUUUUACUUUCUUUUUUAUUCAAGAAAUUUUUUUUUGAUUGAUUUAUUUUAUUUUAUUAAUCCUUUUAAAAAGGACCUUAUCUUCACCAUACCUGGUUGUCCAAAUUAGGCAUAAUAAUGUGUUAAUUCCACGACGGUAUAUAUCGGUAUCGGUAAUUAAAGAGUUGGACAAUAUCGGAUAUCGGCAAAAAGCCAUUAUCGGAUAUCCCUAAUCAUGACAGUAAACCUCAAAUGUACUGACUGGACAUAAGUAAAUAUCACAAAAUCAGCUACAAACCAGCCAAAUAUUAAAGCAACCAUUGUUUCGACUCCAUAAAGAAAUAUAUAAUUAUGCUAAAUCAACUCUUUUAGUCUUAAUACUCACGAUUUUUAGAGGAAGUGGCAAAAGAUGCUCGUGCAAACUGAGAGAAAAGGGGCGGGGUUUAGCAUAGCCAUAAAGAGUCCUGAUUGGCUAAUGGCUCUUUAUAAAAACAAAGCGCCACUCUGCUUGUGUCAUUAGACUUUCUUUGCACAUUAAAGGGGAAUAUCAGCGGGAAAAAAACUGCAAACAUGGUUGAGAAAUUUGUCGGGACGUGGAGGAUGGUCUCCAGCGAGAGCUUUGACGACUACAUGAAAGCAAUCGGUGUUGGUUUCGCCAUCCGGCAGGUGGGGAAUCGAACCAAGCCCAAUUUGAGCGUGACUGUGGACGACAAGGGCAACGUCAUCCUGAAGACGCAGAGCGCCUUCAAGACGUCCGAGAUCAAGUUCAAGCUGAACGAACCUUUUGACGAGACCACCGCGGAUGACAGGAAGACCAAGACCGUGUUCAGCUUGGAAAAUGGCAAACUUGUGCAGAAACAAAGCUGGGAUGGAAAGGAGACGAGUAUCGAGAGGGAAAUAACGGAUGGCAAAUUAAUAGCGAAGUGCAUCAUGGGAGAUGUGGUGGCGGUGCGGACGUACGUAAAAGAGGCGUAACUCCUCCAGGUGCUGCCACCAGUGGACGACAGGCUCAGUUUAAUGAGACCAAUAAAAGUGUUUUUGUUUUUUUUUGCCCCUAAAUCCAAAUUGUUUGCAUUGGGAAUCUUUGAAUAAAACUGAUUUGUUAAA